GCCCAGGGCCCCCUCUCCAGCCCCGACUCCGCCGCGGGUUCCUUCGCCUCGUUAGCCUUGGUGCGGUCGUCCUUUUCCCUCCCCCGCCCCUCGGGUGUCCCGGCCCGGUGCGGCGCGGCCCUGCCCGCCGUGGGGAUGGGUCUGGCGGCAGCGCUGAGCGCCGGGGCGGCCCGGCUGCUCUUCUACCCGACGCUGCUGUACACGGCGGCGUGGGCGCAGCUGCCCGGGUCUAGCCGGCCCUGGUUCCACCGCAUCGACGAAGCCGUGCUGCUGGGAGCCAUUCCCCUGAGGGGACGCAGCCGCAGGCUGGUGGCGGAGGAGAACGUGCGCGCCGUGGUCACCCUCAACGAGGAGUACGAGACCCGCUUCCUCUGUUUCUCCGCCCAGGAAUGGGAGGCAAUGGGCGUGGAGCAACUGCGUCUCAGCACCGUGGACCUAACUGGAGUUCCUACCUUGGAAAAUCUCCUCAAGGGUGUUGAAUUCAUUCUGAAACACCGAGCCUGUGGUAACAGUGUCUACGUGCACUGCAAGGCAGGACGUUUCCGCAGUGCCACCGUGGUGGCAGCAUAUUUAAUUCAACUGCAUCAGUGGAGCCCUCAGGAAGCAAUAGAGGCUAUUGCCAAGAUCCGUCCGCACAUCCUCAUUCGGCACAAGCAAGUCCAGGUCCUGGAGACAUUUUACAGGAACAUGAUGGCUGGAACAACUGCAUAGUGUCAGUAAGAACUAUCAAAAUCUGUUUUCAAGCUUUAAAGAAAGCUUGUUUUAAUGAUCUAAUUAAUGAAGGCUUUACCAUUGUACUUCUUGAUUAUCAAUAA